AUGGCAGCUGGAGAAACUGAAGACACAUAUGAGAACGUCUUCAUUCAACUUCAAAAGAAAGAUGCUAAGGAAGAGGCUGGAAUUACCAAAAUCAUCGCCCUUGGAGGAGAACCUACUACUCUAUCCAAGAGGGCCUCUGAAGAAGCCUAUGCCAGUUUGGAAUCAGCACUUCAAAGUACCGAAACCUUUGAACUGGACGCAUCCAUCGUCUUUGUGGAUCGCAACACUGCAGAUACUCCUAUACUAAGCUGUGGAUGCUCAACAGAAGCAUCCACAUCAGGUGUAUUCAAUUUAAGUCGUCUUGGCGAUGCUCAGACAGUAAAAGAGGUGAAGGAGGCGGCAAAUCAUGGCCCAGGUGUUAGAUUAGACAUGCUAGAAUCAACCCUUGAGUCUGAAAGCGCUACGAUAGUAUUCGAACGUGAUCAAAGUACAGCGCUCAUUUCAGAAACGAUCCAGGUGCCGAGAGAGGGCGGCAAAUUCCUGCUUUCUACUGGUUCAGCCAAGGAGGAAACGGUUAUGGUGGAGGUGGAUUGGACGAAGCAACGCGAAGAUGUCUUGGAGGCAUCGUGGAAGAAGAUUUUGCGCAAUGAGGAGGGACCUAUGGAAUUGUUCGCUUCGGCAACGGAGGAGACAGCUGCGGGUAUGAGUUGUCAACUACAGAAAAGUGCUGACACCUAUACUAUCACGACGAAGAAAAAUGCUGCAAGGUUAGGUGAGCCAGCCUCCAAAUCCAUUCUGGAAUCCACAAGCAUAGAGGAAAUCAGCAAUCUCCAAUUCCAUAAGGAUGAACAUCACCAUGAGAUUGAGAACAUCGUCAAACUUGCUGCCUAUGGUGGUAUGGCUGACCUUAAGACUGGUUAUGCGGAGGAAAAUCAUACCGCCAUCACCCCACAGUUGGCCAAAGCUGAAUCA